CCCCUGCCCGCGCUCGCAGCGGCGCCGCCCGCCGGUGCAGUGCGGUGCGGAGGAGCCGCCGGUCGCCGCGGCCACUGCAGGCGGCCCCGCGCCGCCCCGAGCCGCCGGCCAUGGCCAAGGAGGGCGCGCAGCGCGGCGAGGAGACCGAGCAGAUGAUCGAGAGGGAGGGCGGCCCGGAGGGCGCCGAGGGCUCGCGGGCCGGCGGCGACAAGGAGAUGCGGGCCGUGGUGCUGUCGGGCUUCGGCGGGCUCAACAAGCUCCGCGUGUGCCGCAGAGCCAUGCCCGAGCCGCGGGACGGCGAGGCCAAGAUCCGCGUCAAAGCCUGUGGUUUGAACUUCAUUGAUUUGAUGGUGCGACAGGGGAAUAUCGACAACCCUCCCAAGACGCCCCUUGUUCCUGGAUUUGAAUGCUCUGGAAUUGUAGAAGCUCUUGGAGACAGUGUGAAAGGAUUUGAGAUUGGAGACCGAGUCAUGGCUUUUGUAAACUACAACGCAUGGGCUGAAGUAGUGUGCACGCCAGUGGAGUUUGUCUACAAGAUCCCAGAUGACAUGAGUUUUUCUGAAGCUGCUGCGUUUCCCAUGAACUUUGUAACUGCCUACAUGAUGCUCUUUGAAGUUGCCAACCUGAGAGAAGGCAUGUCUGUGCUGGUUCACUCGGCAGGAGGUGGAGUGGGUCAAGCUGUUGCUCAGCUCUGCUCGACUGUUCCCAACGUUACGGUUUUUGGAACAGCUUCAUCUUUCAAACACGAAGCAAUCAAAGACUCGGUAACACACCUGUUUGACAGAAAUGCAGACUAUGUUCAAGAAGUAAAAAGAAUCUCAGCAGAUGGAGUUGAUAUUGUUUUGGACUGCCUGUGUGGAGAAAAUACUGGAAAAGGCCUCAGUCUCCUCAAACCACUUGGGACAUACAUUUUAUAUGGUUCGUCUAACAUGGUUACUGGAGAGACAAAAAGCUUCUUCAGUUUUGCAAAAUCCUGGUGGCAGGUUGAGAAAGUGAACCCUAUCAAACUGUACGAGGAGAACAAAGUGAUUGCUGGAUUUUCUCUGUUGAAUCUACUCUUCAAACAGAACCGAGGUGGCCUGAUCAAGAGUGUGAUGGACAAACUUCUCAAUCUAUAUAACAGUAAGAAGAUCAAGCCUGUGGUUGAUUCAUUGUGGGCUCUGGAAGAGGUGAAGGAGGCCAUGCAGAGAAUCCAUGACCGAGGAAAUAUUGGAAAACUAAUCCUGGAUGUGGAGAAAGCCCCCACUCCGCUGAUGGCCAACGACAGCACAGAGACGAGUGAGGCUGGGGAAGAGGAGGAAGACCACGAAGGGGACAAUGAGAACAAAGAGCGCAUGCCGUUCAUCCAGUAACAGCCAGAAGUGGUGGAAGCAGAGAUUGAUGAAGCAGAAGGGAACGAGACUUGGAAAUCUAUUCUGUGCAUCAGUGAACAAAUGCUGUAGUACAGUGUGUGUUGUAUUUGUCUGCAGUCAGCUGAGCUAUGAGCUGUUGAUCAUUGUUGUUUUGAACUCCAGUGCCAUCCUCAUCCAGUGCAGUAUUAUGACAUUCCUGUGUAACACCCAGUUUCCCUGUAGGAGUCCCAUGGAUUUUUCCGUUCCGGUUUAAAAGCCUUAUUAAUGUACUGUGUGAUUUUAGAUGGGCAUCUUUCUCAUGCAGAUCCCAACAUUUGGCAUAAAGUUAUUGGGGGGAGGGUGGCUUUUUUUUGCGAGUUGGAAGUAGUAACAAAAAAACUUCCCCACUUGCUGUCUGGAAGAUUCUAGUAACUGGAGGGAGGACUUUAUGGAUUUUUGUGUUAAAGUUUGUGGAUUUUCAGAGUUAAAAUAGUUUUCCUUUUAUGAAGCACAGAUAAAAGUUGCAAAAAAGAUGAGUUUUCAUUUUCCUCAAUCAUGCCUCAUCAUUUUAUAAGCAAUCCUGACUUCAUUUUCAAAAAGACCUCAUUUAGAGUUCAGGAAUCUGAAAUUGUGCAAGAAAUCAUUAAUUGGGAGACUUUGAUUAGUAUUGUAUAAUCACAUUAGUCAUCAGCACCAGUAAUGAAACCCUUCAUUCAGAGUGCAAACUGCCGUGCUUUCCUGUUGAUCUGACUGCCAACCCGAAUGUUACAGGCAAAGAAAAAGGUCCACGAGCCACUCUUUUUAGACCCAGAAUUUUAACUGUCUGUAGCAAUUAUCAGUUAUUGACAGAUCGACAUAUUCUGCGAAGGACACGUGGGCACAUCUGUGUCCGAAAUCUAAAACAGGUUUAAAUUUCAUUUUUAAAUCGUAUUGGUAAGGCUCACGCAUCAGCCUGUGGAAAGAAAUCUGUUGGCAGAGAGCACUGCUGUGAAAUCACUCAUGCUGAUCGACUGUCAAGCUGGAGCUGAACUCCUACUGAAGUUAACCCUGUUAAAAAUUAGUUUUAGGCCUUAAUCCCACCUGAGAUUAUGCACAGGGAUAACUUUAUCUAGGUGAGUAGUUCUACCAAAAGCUCUGCUCCAUGUGUGCGAUUCUGUUUGUAAUUCUUUGCAGUUUGGAGUAUUCCAAGACCAGCCAGUCCUAUCUACCUCCCACUUGUGGAUACUAGAUCUAAACAUGGCAAAGUCAGCAGUUUUGUCAUGUCUCACCUAUCCCAGCAGCAGCUACUCAGGUCCUUGAUCGUCUUGUUAAAACAGUUAUUCUGGAAUGACUGCAAUCACCUACAGUAGAAAUGCUCAAGGAACGUCACAGACCUUGUAUAGUGCCAUGUAUUUUUGAAUUGUGUUAUUUUCAACAGAAGGUAUUUCCCCAGGCAUGGCUGGUUGUUCAUCUGAAUCUACAAGUGCCCUGUAGUGACAGAAGUUAAAAACUAGAAGUGGAGAGGGAGGGCUUCUCAGGCUUUUCUCGGUGUGAAAGGACUUGUGGGGCCUGGAUGACUUCUAUGUGUGGGUUUAGAAGAUUCUCUCUUGUUUUUUUCCGUUUGUUUCAUCUUGCUGCCUGAGUAUUAAUGUCCAUCUUUUUACGCUGUACUCAUGAAGUUGCUGUUCUAAUACCAGAUAAUUGUGCAGAAUGUUCAUUCUGAAGGAGUUUCCCUCAGGUUAAACGCAUUCAAAAAUAAUGAGCAGAAAUAACUGUAGAGAAAAAUGCCAAAAAAGCUUUUGAAAUAUUAAUCGGACCAGAACUACUUUUUCUCUAGAUGUUGAUGAGAACUUCACUACAGAUUUUUCUUUCUAAGCUGAACCUGCCCACGCUUCCAGUGCCAUAUUGGGCCCAAACAGGGACUUUAUCCACAGAAAAAAAUAACUAUUCAGUGAGAGUUUCCCAUGUAUUGGGUUUACCAGUUGGGCUUUUAGGAAAGGCCAUUAAGUUUUCACGACUCAUAAGCUGACAGCGGUAGGAAACAUGCCCGAUUUUGUUUUGCAGUUAGUGUAAUGCUGUUGUCCUGCAACAAACCUUAACAUAACUAGGAGUUUUGAUUUGACGCCAAAGUGAGCAAUAUUGCUGGUGACCUUUGAGCUGGCAGUAAGUGGCAUUCUCAAGGCCUUAAAUUAGUAGGGCAAGCGGAAUAGCAAACCCGUGCUUCUGUUAUAAACCGCGGUAUGGUUGGCUCUACCGUUAAAUUACCCUUCGAGACAAAUGAAGAUGGGUGAUCUUGGUUGAGGCCACAGACACCACAGGGACAACAAUCAAAUUAAAUAAUUCUGGCUAGUCCUUUCGGGUUUUGUUAGCAAGGCAAAAAUACUCUUCAUGCUUAUUCAUACCAGCUCUGGGGCCAUUUUCUGAUCAGCAGAGUAUCCGGUAAUUGCAGUGCGUACAAAGGAACACUGCUGGAGCGACCCAAGCAUGACACGGAGGAGGAUUGCCCUCAGCAAGCUCAGCUCUGCUCUGUGUUUUACUGGCAUUAAAAUGGCAUAUCUGAAUGAAGGUCACUACUGAAAUGAGUGGCAGUUUUUCAGGUGUCUGUUCUGGAAGCAGGAUUUGUGUGAGCAGAAUUUGGCCCAUGAGCCCUAAGUACCUUUUAGAAUCCCACGAACAGUAGUAGUGCGUCCGAAGUGGGAGAGGGCAUGCUACACAAAAUGAUGAUGCCAGGACUUGAUACCGACCAAGUCUUUUUGUUGUAGAAGUGAAGGUUUGUGCUUACUACUGACAGUAUUAUUUAAACAACUCCAAGACAAUUGGAUAGUUUCUUCAAGUGAAACAAAUCAUUUCUCAAUUUGCCUUAAAGGAACUGUGAAAGCUUCUCUUUAACUUAAGCCUGAUUGAAGUGAACUGAAACACUGUUUAAUUGUAUUUGUUGCUUUAGAGCUUUUGUUAUAUUGUGCCUACAAAGCAAAUUAUGUUUACAUAAAAUAUAAAUAAAAUAUGGAGCAUAGCAUCA